AUGCCUUCGCAAGAGGUUGGGUUACCUAUUCCUAAUAUCCCCCAUGCCGUUUCGGUGACGCUACCAACAUGGGAAGCUAAUAUUGCUUAUGAGGAAGGGGAGCACUGGGUCACGUCGAAAAUGAGCUCUGGAUACCCAAGAUUUUACAUCCAUUCGUCUAUUCGACAACUUUGUCGAAAGUUGGAAGCAAAAUACGGUAGAGAAGGAGAAGAAUGCUUGGUUUUCCCAAGCUACAAAGUUGCAAAGCGUUGUAGAGAGUUUUUGAAAAGUCAUUUUGAAGGGAAAAUUAGAAUACUUCAAUUGAGCACUCCUGAACCAGUUUCCGAUUCAGACAAAUCAAUACAAGUAGGAGCGACUUUUGGGGUAGUGUUUUUUCCAAAGCUGUUGUUUCCAUUGGCAAAGAGCUACUGGCAGCAUUCGGGAGAGGUGGUUAGUUCGCGAAUGGGAGAGUAUAUUUUGAAGUCGUUAUUUACUGGGCCAAAAAGCAAGACAAAGCAAGAACUACAAGCUCAAAAAAUACAAUCGAGAUCGCCGUCAAUUAGAGCUUCCAGAUCAAGUGCAUCUGGUUGUUUCAAUGACGAUUUAGAAACAGAAUUUGAUACGUUUAUUGAACAAAAGUUUGGACGAGUUUUGGAUCUAAAAUUCGCCAAUGAAGCAAAAAGAGCUUUGCGCAGGCGUAUUUGUGGGAAAGUGGACAAGAGUUGUAAUCAAAUUGAAGAGAUUGAAAAGCUGAAAAGGGGGAAAUACUUGAGCGAGUCAGAUGUAUACUUAUUCCCUUCUGGUAUGGCCUCCAUAUUCUAUGCACAUCAUGCUCUUUUCAAUAUUUUACCAGCUGGAAAAUCUGUUUGUUUUGGCUUUCCCUAUGUGGAUACUCUAAAUAUAUUGAAAAAGUUUGGCCCCGGUGUUAUUUUCCUUGGCUUGGGCGAUGACUCGUCCUUAUUGCAAUUGGAAAAGGACUUAGAAGAAGGGUUGAAGAUUAUGGCAUUGUUUUGUGAAUGUCCUUCGAACCCGUUGUUGAAAACGCCCAAUUUGAAGAAGAUUAAAGAGUUGGGCGAAAAAUAUGAUUUUGCUAUAGUUGUUGACGAAACCGUGGGGAACUUUAUAAAUAUCCACGUUUUGCCAUAUGCAGACAUGGUUGCAUCUUCACUAACCAAAGUCUUUUCUGGAGAUUCAAACGUUUUGGCGGGGUCGUUAGUUUUAAAUCCAUUAUCAAGAUAUUACGCCAAACUUAAAAAAUUUUUCAACACAAAUUAUGAGGAUUUGUUCUGGGAUGAAGAUGCGUUAUGGUUAGAACGUAACUCAAGAGACUUUGUUGAACGUGUACACAAAGUCGACAAUACCUCCGAGAAAGUUGUCAACUUACUUCUUUCUAAUCCAAAAAUCUCCAAGGUAUAUUACCCAUCAGUUAGCCCAUCAAGGCAUCACUACGAUAUGAUCAAGACCCAGGAUGGCGGUUAUGGUGGCUUGAUUUCUUUUGUGUUUCACAAACCUAGUGAUGCUAUUAAGUUUUUCAACUCAGUAGACUUGUACAAGGGUCCUUCAUUGGGAACUAAUUUUUCAUUAGCGUGUCCCUACUCUAUUCUUGCUCAUUAUCAAGAAUUGGAUGAAAUUGAGCAAUGGGGAGUCGACCGCAAUUUGAUUAGAAUCAGUAUUGGAUUAGAAGAGCCCGAGGAUUUGUUACAAGUUUUAGAAAAGUCAUUAGAACAAUAA